ACUAGUUCAACUAAUGUAUUCGCCGAUUAGGGUUUCUUCUGUUUCACUAUAUAUUAAGUGUCUCCAACUACUGAGAUCUCUAUCCUCUCCGUCCUCUGUUCUUCUCAUUGGCCGCCAUGGUGAAGUACUCUCAAGAGCCCGAUAAUAUCACCAAAUCUUGCAAGGCGAGAGGAGCCGAUCUCAGGGUCCACUUCAAGAACACUAGAGAAACAGCGCACGCCAUAAGGAAGCUACCAUUGAACAAGGCCAAAAGGUACUUGGAAGAUGUCAUAGCUCACAAGCAAGCUAUCCCCUUCACCCGUUUCUGUCGUGGUGUUGGUCGUACCGCUCAGGCAAAGAACAGGCAUUCGAACGGACAAGGUCGCUGGCCUGCUAAAUCUGCUCAAUUCGUUCUUGAUCUUCUCAAGAAUGCUGAGAGCAAUGCUGAGGUCAAAGGUUUGGAUGUCGAUGCCCUUUUCAUUUCUCACAUCCAAGUGAACCAAGCAGCAAAACAGAGGAGAAGGACAUAUCGUGCUCAUGGAAGAAUCAAUCCUUACAUGUCAAACCCAUGCCACAUUGAGUUGAUUUUGUCAGAGAAAGAAGAGCCUGUGAAGAAAGAGCCGGAGACACAGUUGGCAGCAAAGUCAAAGAAAGGAGCCUCAUCUUAAGCUAUAACAUAGACAGUCUAUUUGUGCUCACUUGUGUUACCCUUAAUACUUUUUGUUAGCUUCUCUCUAUAAGACCAAUACUCAAUUUUUAAGUAUGAUGAUUAUCGGUUUUUGGAUUGCUGAAAGAAUCUCUCUUUAUCCUUGGUAUUGAUAGAUGAAUAACUCAUAGUAAAAUCUUGAAAUAUGUUUUAGAGAUGGAUUAGUUAAGACUUGUUAAAUCGUCGCCCAGUUUGUUCAUAACGCUCAUUAAUAUAAUGACCAAUACAUCGACUACACAGUCUGAUAAAACGGAUGGAUUAGUUUUGAACUCGAGAAAGUUCGAAAUGUUAUGUUACGUAAGAGCAA